CUAGAGGGCGCCAUCUCAGAAGUAAUCGGACUCACAGUUCGUCGACUGACGACAAAAAACCGGAAGUUUACUACACAACUGCUAACGUUUAGCAUACGCGGUUUGUUUUCCUUCCAGCCCACCUUUAAGAUGGUUUGUGAAAAGUGUGAGAAGAAACUCGGAAAAGUCAUCACCCCGGAUACAUGGAAGGAUGGAGCACGGAAUACGACUGAAAGCGGUGGCCGCAAGCUGAAUGAAAACAAGAUGCUGACUUCUAAGAAAGCCAGGUUCGACCCUUAUGGCAAGAGGGGUUUUGCCAUUUGUCGGAUCUGUAAGAGUUCAGUUCAUCAGUCUGGCUCCCACUAUUGCCAGGGUUGCGCCUACAAGAAAGGAAUUUGCGCAAUGUGCGGGAAGAAGGUCCUGGACACAAAGAAUUACAAGCAAACAUCAGUGUGAUUGGUUGGACUACAGUCAGUUGAGAGAGGUGGAAUGAAGGGCCAUUUAGUGUUCAAGAGUGUGUUCCACAGUGCUCUCUAAGAGAAAGACGGGGACAGUGAUCUUUACAGCUAAUCCUUCGAUAAACAUUUGGCUUUUAUUGGCUGGGAGUGACAGAGUGAGUUUCUCGAUUGUUUUCAUAGUUUGUGUACAGAUCUUUAUUUAAAUAAAUACCAUCUGUUGCAUGUAA